AUGGAGGUACUUAUGGCAGAACGGGCCGAUCUAGUCUUUCACAAUAACGUGAUAGGUGGAACUGCCAUUAAACGACUUAUUAGCAGAUUAAUAGAUCAUUUCGGAAUGGCAUAUACAUCACACAUCCUAGAUCAAGUAAAGACUCUAGGAUUCCAUCAAGCUACUGCUACAUCUAUUUCAUUAGGAAUUGAUGAUCUUUUAACAAUACCUUCAAAAGGAUGGCUAGUCCAAGAUGCUGAACAACAAAGUUCCAUUUUGGAAAAACAUAAUCAUUAUGGAAAUGUCCAUGCGGUAGAAAAAUUACGCCAAUCCAUUGAAAUAUGGUAUGCUACAAGCGAAUAUUUGCGACAACAAAUGAAUUCCAAUUUUAGGAUGACUGACCCCUUUAAUCCAGUCCAUAUCAUGUCUUUUUCAGGAGCUAGAGGAAAUGCAUCUCAAGUGCACCAAUUAGUCGGAAUGAGAGGAUUAAUGUCAGAUCCACAAGGACAAAUGAUUGAUUUACCCAUUCAAAGCAAUUUACGUGAAGGACUGUCUUUAACAGAAUAUAUAAUUUCUUGCUACGGAGCCCGUAAAGGGGUUGUAGAUACUGCUGUACGAACAUCAGAUGCUGGAUAUCUUACACGUCGACUUGUUGAAGUGGUUCAACACAUUGUUGUACGGCGAACAGAUUGCGGUACCAUCCGUGGGAUUUAUGUAAACACCCGAAAUGGAAUGAUGCCAGAAAGAAUUUUGAUACAAACAUUAAUUGGUCGUGUAGUAGCAGACGAUAUAUAUAUAGGUUCACGGUGCAUUGUCGUUAGAAAUCAAGAUAUUGGAAUUGGACUUAUCAAUCGAUUCAUAACUUUUCAAACACAACCAAUAUUUAUUCGAACCCCCUUUACCUGUAGGAAUACGUCUUGGAUCUGCCGAUUGUGUUAUGGGCGGAGUCCUAUUCAUGGGGACCUGGUAGAAUUGGGAGAAGCUGUAGGGAUUAUUGCUGGUCAAUCUAUUGGAGAACCGGGAACUCAACUAACAUUAAGAACUUUUCAUACUGGUGGAGUAUUCACAGGGGGUACUGCUGAAUAUGUGCGAGCCCCCUCGAAUGGAAAAAUAAAAUUUAAUGAGGAUUUAGUUCACCCUACACGGACACGUCAUGGAUAUCCUGCUUUUAUAUGUAAUAUAGACUUCUAUGUAACUAUUGAAAGUGACGAUAUUAUACAUAACGUCAUUAUUCCACCAAAAAGUUUUCUAUUAGUUCAAAAUAAUCAAUAUGUAAAAUCAGAACAAGUGAUUGCGGAGAUCCGCGCGGGAACAUCUACUUUAAAUUUGAAAGAGAGGGUUCAAAAACAUAUUUAUUCUGACUCAGAAGGGGAAAUGCAUUGGAGUACCGAUGUGUACCAUACAUCACAAUUUAUAUAUAGUAAUGUACAUAUCUUACCAAAAACAAGUCAUUUAUGGAUAUUGUCAGGAAAGUCGUGCAGGUCUAAUACAAUCCAUUUUUUACUUCGCAAGGAUCAAGAUCAAGUUACCAUGGAUUCACUUUCUAAUGGAAAAACAAAUAUUUCGAAUCUUUUAGAAAGGAAUGAUCAAGUAAAACAUAAAUUCAAUACUUUUGGUACAAAAGAAAAGUGGAUUAGCGAUUCUUCAAUAUUGAAUCAAAUCAUAUGUACAGAUCAUUCUGAUUUAAUGUAUCCUGCUAUUUUGAACGAUACUUUUUAUUUCUUGGCGAAAAGGCGAAGAAAUAGAUUUCUUAUUCCAUUUCCAUUCCAAUCGAUUCAAGAACGAAAGAACGAACUAAUGUCCCCUUCCGGUGUCUCCAUUGAAAUACCUAUCAAUGGUAUUUUUCAUGAAAAUAGUAUUUUUGCUUAUUUCAAUGAUCCUCAAUACAUAAGACAGAGUUCAGGAAUUACUAAAUAUACAACUAUAGGAAUUCAUUCUAUUUUUCAAAAAGAAGAUUUCAGUGAGUAUCAAGGAAUCGAAGAAGUAAAGCCAAAAUACCAAAUUCAAGUAGAUAAAAUUUUUUUUAUUCCCGAAGAAGUGCAUAUUUUACCCGAAUCUUCUUCCCUAAUGGUACGGAAUAAUAGUCUUGUUGGAAUAGGAACACCAAUCACUUUCAAUAUAAGAAGUCGAGUAGGCGGAUUGGUCCGAUUAGAAAAGAAAAAAAAAAAAAUAGAAUUAAAAAUAUUUUCUGGAAAUAUCCAUUUUCCCGGAGAGAUGGAUAAGAUAUCCCGACACAGUGCCAUCUUGAGACCGCCCGGAACGGAAAAGGAUAAUCUGGAACUAAAAGUUGUCAAUUAUAUUCUUUAUGGAAAUGGAAAAUCCAUUCGGGGAAUUUCCGACACAAGGAUUCAAUUAGUUCGGACUUGUUUAGUCUUCAAUUGGGAUCACGGGAAAAAAAGUUCUUCUAUUGAGGAGGCCCCCGCUUCCUUUAUUGAAGUAAGUACAAAUGGUUUGAUUGAGUAUUUUCUAAGAAUUGACUUAGUCAAAUCUAAUACUUCAUAUAUUAGAAAAAGAAAUGACCCGUCUGGUUUAGGAUUGAUCAGGGAUAAUCAAUCGGAUCGAAUCAAUCCCUUUUUUUCUAUUCAUUCCAAGGGAAAAAUUCAACAAUCACUUAGCCAAAAUCACGGAACUAUUCCUAAAAUGAAAAAUGGACCACACCUAAAACUAAAAUCGGGUCAAGUUAUAACAGUUCAAAUGGAUUCUGUAAUAAUAAGAUUGGCUAAUCCUUAUUUGGCGACUCCAGAAGCAACCAUUCACGGCCAUUAUGGGGAGAUCCUUUCUCAAGGAGAUAUUUUAGUUACAUUCAUAUAUGAAAAAUCGAGAUCCGGUGAUAUAACACAAGGUCUUCCAAAAGUGGAACAGAUAUUAGAAAUACGUUCGAUUGAUUCAAUAUCCAUGAAUCUAGAAAAAAGAAUUGAUGCUUGGAACGAGUGUAUAACAAAAAUUCUCGGCAUGCCUUGGGGAUUCUUGAUUGGUGCUGAGCUAACUAUAGCGCAAAGUCGUAUUUCUUUGGUUAAUAAAAUCCAAAAGGUUUAUCGAUCCCAGGGAGUACAUAUCCAUAAUAGACAUAUCGAGAUUAUUGUGCGUCAAAUAACAUCCAAAGUCUUGGUUUCAGAAGAUGGAAUGUCUAAUGUAUUUUUACCUGGCGAACUAAUUGGAUUAUUGCGAGCAGAACGAAUGGGGCGUGCCUUGGAAGAACCCAUUUGUUACCGAGCUUUAUUAUUGGGAAUAACAAAAACAUCUCUGAAUACUCAAAGUUUCAUAUCUGAAGCGAGUUUUCAAGAAACUGCUAGAGUUUUAGCAAAAGCCGCUCUUCGGGGUCGUAUUGAUUGGUUGAAAGGUCUUAAAGAGAAUGUUGUUUUAGGGGGGAUGAUACCCGUUGGUACCGGAUUCAAAAGAAUAAUGCACCGUUCACGGUCAAGGCAACAUAACAAGAUUACCCGGAAAAAAAAAUUAUUCGAAGUAGAAAUUAGAAAUCUUUUGUUCCAUCACAGAAAAUUCUUUGAUUUUUAUCAUUUCAAAGAAUUUAUGUGA